UUUGUUGAAAAAAAAUUAUAAAACCCGAAUAAACUUGCAUCAAAGUGACCUUUGGAAUGAUGUGUCAAUCCACCCACACCCCCUAUUCAAAAACGUCGGUGAAAUCAUUUAUAUGGCUAUUAUAGAUAUGGCAAAAAUUUAAACGUCCCAAACGCAUAUUAAUCAAGAAAUGUUAUUGCAGAACGAACGGGAAGCUGUUAUCAGGAUACUUGACAAGUACCGAGAUUGCCCGUGUUUGUGGAAGAAGGAUCAUCCGGACUAUCUAAACUCGACGAAAAAGAUUGAGGCCCUCGAUAGUUUCAUAGAUUUGUUCAAAUGUUUCAAUCCCGAAGCUGACAGAGAAACCGUACGCAAUAAGCUGAAUUUUUUCAAGAAAACUUAUGACGAAGAACGAAAAAAGGUGAAGCAUUAUGCAGGACUAUAUGAGCCCUCACUGUGGUAUUACAAUCGUUUGGCAUUUUUGGAUGAAGACCAUAGUAGCCCAGAGAUGUCUCAAGAGUGCUCUUCUUCCUCCUUCGCGUCGGCCUCAUCUGCUUGCCCAACACGCAAAUUGGGAAAGGAUCAAUUCAAGAACGGUGUUAAACAUCCGUUCACAUCUUUCGCGGAUAAUGUUGCGGAAAAAUUGCAAUCCUUGCAAGCGCCCAUGGUUCCCGUCUGCCAGAAGCUGAUCAACGAUGCCCUGUAUUAUGCUGAAAUGGGCGAGCUGGAUUCUUCGUCGAAAAUCGUGACUUCGAAACCGAGGAGGAGAAGAACGACCGAUAAUUUUGUCGUCCCCCCAAUGAAUAUUUUGGAAGCGCUGGAGGACUUCAUGCGAAGGUAAAAUUAAAUAAAGAGACGUUGCGGAAUUCUAAAAUUGUCCUUAUAGAAUACUCAAGGGUGUAGUAUGAAUGCACGCCCGCCCAUUCAUUAAUCAUAAUUUGUAUCAAUUUACAAUCGAAUAAAGAAGGCAACGAGAAAA